ACCCGGAGCAGCAUCACCACCCCCGGCUCCCCAGAUCUGCAAGCCGUGCGCAGCCGGGACCCUGCCUCCGAGCCCUUCAUGCCGGCAGCCGCAUCCCUUAGCCGGCCCGGUCGCCUCGGCCAGGCCCCCGUGUCCACCUGAGCGCCGGAGCCGGCGCUGGGCGCGGGCCGCUGACCUACCCGCUAGAGGAGGAGGCUGCACAGCGCCGCACCAGAGCCAGAGGCGCACCUCCCGGGACUUCCUGGUUGACCGGCUAUGGACCGUGCAUGUCGGCCUUUACCCACAAUGUUUGCAAACUGCAGGACACAGAUUCCCGUUCUGGUUCAUCAUGGGCGCGCGCGCGCGCGCGCGUGUGUGUGCGUGUGCGUGUCCUGCUUCAUACUAGAAGUUCUUUCCAACGCGGACUGGGAGCUAAGUGCUUAGCAGGAAAAGCCAUGCAUCGAUUCAUGCAUGCAUUAAUCACAUACUCGGGGUGUCCAACGCUUCGCGCCCUGUGGAGCUCCCAGGUUGUAAUACGAAGCUCCUACACCAGAGAUGUUGCAGUCUUACAAGAUUUGCUUGGGGUCAGCAUGGUCAUCCCGUUGUUGAGCCUUCACGCCAAGUCACUUGGAACAAGUCCUACUGUGGCUGGCAUCAUCGGUUCCUCCUACGGAAUUUUGCAGCUCUUCUCCAGCACGCUGGUGGGCUGCUGGAGUGACGUGGUGGGCAGGCGCUGCUCCCUGCUGCUGUGCCUCCUGCUCAGUGCCCUGGGCUACCUCCUCCUCGGAGCCUCUACCAGCGUGUUCCUGUUCGCCCUGGCGCGAGUCCCAGUGGGUGUUUUCAAGCACACACUCUCCAUCUCCAGGGCACUGCUCUCCGACCUGGUGGUAGAGAAGGAGCGGCCGGUGGUGCUGGGCCGGUUUAACACGGCCUCGAGCGCGGGCUUCAUCCUGGGUCCCGUGCUAGGGGGGUACCUCGCCGAGCUGGAGGGCGGCUUCCGCCUCGCCGCACUCCUCUGCUGCUCCGUCUUCCUGCUCAAUGCUGGUCUCAUUUGGCUCUUUCCUUGGAGUGGCACGGAAGUCCACAGGACGGAGAAUGGCCUGGGACGGCCCAGGCACCAGGCACAGUCUGGAAGCAGAGACCAUGAGCCUCAGGGAGCAGCUGCGAGCUCCAUGGCUGCCAAGUCUUCUCCCCUGGAGUGCUGGGCAGAGGUCAGGUCAGCCUUGCUGGACAGGCGUAGCCUGGUGUCCUGUGAGCUGGGUGACAUCCUGCUGGUGCGCCUGCUGAUGGGGGUGGCGGUCAUGCUGUACCACAGCAACUUUGUGCUGGCCCUGGAGGAGCGGUUUGGGGUGCGGCCGCGGACCUCGGGCUACCUCAUCAGUGGCAGUAGUGCCCUGGGCGCCCUGGCGGGCCUCACUCUGGGGCCCAUCCUACGCCUCUACGGGCACAACUUGCACACAGCCCUGCUGCAUUCCAACGUGCUCACCUGCGCGCUGCUGCUGCUCUACACCUCGGCUGGCACCAUGGCCCUGGUGGUCCUCGCCUCCACUCUGCUGUCCUUCUCCACUGCCAUCGGCAGGACCUGUGUCACUGACCUGCAGCUGACCGUGGGUGGCCCCCAGGCCAGUGGAACCAUCAUUGGCAUGGGACAAUCCGUGACUGCCGUGGGCCGAAUCAUCGCUCCCCUCCUCUCGGGAGUGGCCCAGGAGAUCAGCCCCUGCGGGCCCCCAGGGCUGGGAGCUGCCUUGGCUUUGGUGGCUGUUUUUAUAAUGACGUUCAACAAACCUCGUUCCAAGGGUGCUGAGAGUGGGAGGUUAAAAGGCAAGUAGGACACAUUUGCAGCCAUGGAGAAGCACUAUCAAGGUAUCCAGUGAGGGCCAGUGACCCAGGAGGAAAGGAAGUGUGCAUGAGUGAGUGAGUCAUUCGCACAUGGGCUUGCUCUGGGGCUGUGCAUUUACAUUUAUGGAUGAUCAGAAGUGCCGGGGACACUUGGGAAGUUAAGAUUGCAGCAAAGUUUUGCCGAGAGGAAAUGUGUUCAGUGUUUACCCACAAUGCUCUCUUCAGGACCAAACAACUAAUUAAAACUCCAGGUGAAGGAAAACUGUCAUUUACAGGAGAGGGAAUGGUGAUGAGAUGUUGGUCCUCAAUGUGUGGAGGAGGAAAGUAGCCAUGCUCACAUCCCCACUGAGAAGCACAUUUGUGACAUUCUGCUCACCUGAAAACUGCUGCUGUGAAAAUCAUAGAGAAGCUGCUGUAUUUAACUGGCCUGCAAAGCCAGGUGGAAUAGCACACACCUCUCAUCCCUGUCCUCAAAGGUGCCAAGACAGGAGGACUGCAAGUUUGAGCCCAAUCUGGGCCACUUGGUCCCAGUCUGAGACCCUGGCUCAAAAGGGCUGGGGAUAUAGCUCAGUGUAAGGCCCUGGGUUCAAUCUCCAGUACAAAAAAAAAAAAAAAAAUCCCAAAAAAACUAGUGAGCAUUUUUAUGCAGAUUAUGAGUCUGUGACAUUCCAUAGAUCCCAUAUGAGAGGAGCUGAAUUUUGUAAGAUUCCUGUUCAAAGUCCUAUCCUUUAUUUCAUUUUAAUGUGCCUAGAAGGAGACACAGGAAAGCUGAGUGUUUUCCUAGGACUUUGCUAAAUUUCCAGUUCAUCAGCAGCACCCAAGGGCUGGGAACCAGCCUGGAGCCAGGGCUGUGCUAAUGCAGGGAAGCACAGGCUGGGUACUGAUAGUGGCGUCACGUUACUGCCACCAAGGAUGAUUAAGGGUCCUUUCCUCGCAGAUUGCCAUUCCUUUGGAUCCUCUUAAUGAGUCCAUUAAGAUAUGAUGCCCAUUUCCAACUGAGUGCACAUACCCUAUGAUUGUAGAUGAAAUUUUAAUACACUUAAUUUACUACAACAUUAAUAUUUAUUGUUGUAAAUUCCAUAGUUUCAGAAAUUGCAUGUACAGGGUAAAUUUAAAUAUUUAUGAUCAUUAGAAUUAUGUUUUAGUUUGGAGAUUGUCCUUUUCCCCACCUGGCUACAGGAAUCAUAUUGAACUUUUUAUUGUAAGUAUCAGGAUGUGAGCUUUCACACAAAAGCUGAAUGCUGAGGGACACAACUGUGGUGAGAAUGACUUUGCUCUUGGGGUGCAUGUUCAGUGUCCUGGCGCUUAGACUCCGAAGGACCAAAACGAUGACUGGGCCUUCUGGGGCUGAUGCAAGGAGAUAGAAUUUCAUGAGUAUCUGUAAAAAUUGAUUUUUCCCUCGCUCUUUAAAAUCCACAAAUUUCUUAAAAGUUCUUACAAAUGGCCAUGUUUUUAUUUUUAAGAUCAUAGCACUCUAUUUCUGAAGUUAAAGCCUAUAAACUUACUGAGUCUUUAUUAAUCGGUCAGGCAUGUGGAAAUAUUGAAAGUCAAAGAUGGAUCUUAGUAGGGAACAUCUCUUGUCGUACACUAGUGACUUCCACCUUUGUUAGUGUGGUGCUCCUCCUGGUCAGUGUCUCUCUCAGUCCUCCACAUGGUCCAAAGUCCUGCUGCUCAGAGCAGCCGGGCGCUGCCUGCAGCAUCUCCCGAGGGCCACCCAUCUCCCGCAGACUCCUGGGGACCCUCCAACAGGCACCAGCUAAUCCGAUUGCACAAUGAUGUUUGAAACACUGAUCUAGUGAGCAGUUUGUGUAUCGUUUAUAGAAUAGAAUCUCAGGGAAAUUAAAUGUGUUAGUAACAUGGAUGCUGUUUUGUCCUGUAAGUUCUCUUGAGUAAUCUGAAACAUCAGGUGAGGUCACAUGGAAUUGUUCUUUAUUCUUUUUAAGUAAAAUAUCACUUAGGGUUAGGAAUGGACUGGGCUCUGGAGGCCUAGCUCUGCCCACUGCCCCAAGGCACACAUGCUCUUGUAUCCAGAGGGACAAGCAGAGGACAGGCAGGGGUGGUACCCAUUGGAGCUUCACUGGGAGGCUUCAGACAGGCUGGGGGCCUGGACAGAGGAGGUUAGGAGUCAUGCUGGGGCCCACAGAAGGCUGGGCCCUUGUUCCGAGCCCUGCAUUGCAGGAACCUGGCUUGCAUGGGCUCCUACAGGGACCAGAAGUAGGGCAGAGGGGACGGAGAGCCCUGGGGAGGUCGCUGGGGGCUGUGGUGACCCCAGGCAUGUGGGCUGGAAAGGCUGCUGGUGAGUGCAGCACUCUGCCCUCCUCGGGUCCACUUGCAGAGGAUACAGUUACAGGAUGCUGCAGGGACAGGUGGCCCAGGAGCAUUUCCCAUCCUUCCCUAUGGACCCUGAGGUCCAGGUACAGGCCACAGCCCUGGCUGGGGAAAUUUGGACACUUGGGCAGCUGCGUUCAGAGAAGAGAUGCCAGCUCAGGGAGAACAGCAAGCUUACAGAGGACGGUGCACCAUGCCCCUCACUCCAAAACUGACCUCGCCCUCCAGCCUGGCAGAAGCCUCUGGAAUGGGUCGCUUAGUCCUGCCCCGGAAGCUGAGACCUAGCUUCUGAACAAGGCAAAAGACAGAACAAACCUCUACUCAGUCAUCAUUUUUCAUCCUGAAGAACUUGCCAAUUCUAUGUUUGUCAAAAAUAAAAUCUCUGUGAAGUUGUAA